AUGUUCACCACUCGCUUUUGCACCUUCAUCAUCCUCGCCAUUGGCGCUUCAGUCGAGGCCGUUCCCGCUCCUAUGAAGCGCGAUACCGCAACCCCGGCCCUGGCGGCGCGGGCGCCCCAGUUCUCGGUCAACAUACCCAACAACGUCCCCGUUUCCGGCACAUUCCCGAAUGGCAUCACCAUCACUCCCCAGACGCCUUCGGGCAGUAUCGUCACGGGCAACAAUAACUCAACGCUCUUCGGCCAGUUCGGGUUCAAGCGCGACGACGGCGUUGAGGCUCGCCAGUUCAACUUCACUCUUCCGAACCAGCUCCCGGCUCAGGGUACACUUCCGUUUGGUUUGACUGUCACGCAAGGUGCACAAAAUAGCACUGUCGGACUGCCAUCUGGUUUCCCGUUCAAGCGGGACGGCGACCUCGACGCUCGUCAAUUCAACUUCACGCUACCCAACCAGCUUCCUGUCGAGGGAACACUUCCAUUCGGCCUUACCGUCACGCAGGGUGCACAGAACAGUACCGUUGGUCUGCCGUCCGGCUUCCCAUUCAAGCGUGGGCUCGAAGCUCGCCAGUUCAACUUCACCCUCCCGAACCAACUUCCCGUGGCCGGCGCCCUCCCAUUCGGCCUCACCGUCACCCAAGGGACGCAGAACAGCACCGUCGGCCUACCCUCGGGCUUCCCGUUCAAGCGGAGUGACAGCGCUGCACCCCGGGCGCUUGCUGCGCGUGAUGGUGAUGCCAACUACGACUACAAUCAGCCCGCUUACGGUUGCGAUAACGAGGAUGGGUUCGGCCUGCCCGGAUGGGACGCUGAGUACGAGGAGCACUGCAUGUACCUUCCGCACCGCGAUGAUGAUGCGGCAGAGGAAGAUGGCGUUGGCGUUGACGCUGACAGCGAUAUUGAGGUAGAAGCUGAGGCUAUGGUCGAGGCUUCUACCCAGUGA